GCCGCGGGGCUAGACUGAGCGCCGCGUUCUGCGCUCCGCCGCCGCUCCGGACGAAUUCGAACGCUCGUCUCGCUCUCGCUUUCUUCCUUUUUUUUUUUUUUUUUGGUCUGGAAGUCUCAGGGACGGAGGAGGGGCGCCAAGGCCCCAUGUGUGGGAGGAUUGCUUCAGCUCCACAAACUUGCGCGGAUUUUCGUUACUUCUUUGGCCCGUGGUUCUGCUCUGAUUUCUUCCGAAUUGUUGCAAAUUCGCCAUUGUUCCCUGGCUGCUCACAAAGUUUGAUCCGGAAUUUCUUUUCAACCGGGAGCCACUGGUGUCGAAGUGUCUGCAAUGAACCCCGUGAAUGCUACUGCUCUCUACAUUUCUGCGAGCCGCCUAGUGCUCAACUACGACCCCGGAGACCCCAAGGCGUUUACAGAGAUUAACAGGCUCUUGCCUUACUUCCGACAGUCUCUCUCGUGCUGUGUUUGCGGACAUUUGCUGCAAGAUCCUAUUGCACCCACCAACUCCACCUGCCAACACUAUGUCUGCAAAACUUGUAAAGGCAAGAAAAUGAUGAUGAAACCUUCAUGUAGCUGGUGCAAAGACUAUGAGCAGUUUGAGGAAAACAAGCAGUUAAGCAUCUUAGUGAACUGCUACAAAAAACUAUGUGAAUAUAUAACACAGACUACGUUGGCACGGGAUAUAAUAGAAGCAGUCGACUGUUCUUCUGAUAUUUUGGCUUUGCUUAAUGAUGGAUCAUUGUUUUGUGAGGAGACAGAAAAACCCUCAGAUUCAUCCUUUACUUUGUGUUUGACACAUUCCCCUUUACCUUCAACCUCAGAACCCACAACUGAUCCUCAAGCUAGUUUAUCUCCAAUGUCUGAAGGCACCCUCAGCAUUGCUAUUGGCAGUUCUGUUAUCAAUGGUUUGCCUACUUAUAAUGGGCUUUCAAUAGAUAGAUUUGGUAUAAAUAUUCCUUCACCUGAACAUUCAAAUACGAUUGAUGUAUGUAAUACUGUUGACAUAAAAACUGAGGAUCUAUCUGACAGCCUACCACCUGUCUGUGAUGCGGUAGCCACUGAUUUAUGCUCCACAGGCAUUGAUAUCUGCAGUUUCAGUGAAGAUAUUAAACCUGGUGACUCUCUCUUACUGAGUGUUGAGGAAGUACUCCGCAGCUUAGAAACUGUUUCAAAUACAGAUGUUUGUUGUCCUAAUUUGCAGCCGAACUUGGAAGCCACUGUAUCCAAUGGACCUUUUUUGCAGCUUUCUUCCCAGUCUCUUAGCCAUAAUGUUUUUAUGUCCACCAGUCCUGCACUUCAUGGGUUAUCAUGUACAGCAGCAACUCCGAAGGUAGCAAAAUUGAAUAGAAAACGAUCUAGAUCAGAAAGCGACAGUGAGAAAGUUCAGCCACUUCCAAUUUCUACCAUCAUCCGAGGCCCAACACUGGGGGCAUCUGCUCCUGUUACGGUGAAACGGGAGAACAAAAUUUCUCUUCAACCUAUAGCAACUGUUCCCAAUGGAGGCACGACACCCAAAAUCAGUAAGACUGUACUUUUAUCUACUAAAAGCAUGAAAAAGAGUCAUGAACAUGGAUCCAAGAAAUCUCACUCUAAAACCAAGCCAGGUAUUCUAAAAAAAGACAAAGCAGUAAAGGAAAAGAUUCCUAGUCAUCAUUUUAUGCCGGGAAGCCCUACCAAGACGGUGUACAAAAAGCCCCAGGAAAAGAAAGGGUGUAAAUGUGGGCGUGCUACUCAAAAUCCAAGUGUUCUUACAUGCCGCGGCCAACGCUGCCCUUGCUACUCUAACCGCAAAGCCUGCUUAGAUUGUAUUUGUCGUGGCUGCCAAAACUCCUAUAUGGCCAACGGGGAGAAGAAGCUGGAGGCAUUUGCUGUGCCAGAAAAGGCCUUGGAGCAGACCAGGCUCACUUUGGGCAUUAAUGUAACUAGCAUUGCAGUGCGUAACGCUAGUACCAGCACCAGUGUAAUUAAUGUCACAGGGUCCCCAGUAACAACGUUUUUAGCUGCCAGUACACACGAUGAUAAAAGUUUGGAUGAAGCUAUAGACAUGAGAUUCGACUGUUAAAUCAGUGGGUCUUUAAACCUACCUCUGGUAGGGAAAUAGCUACAGUUUUACGGCAGCUAUGGUUCUGUUGGUAUAACUUGCCGGAGCUCCUGCAUAUAGAUCACUUGUAUCAAGUGUUUUCAUUGCUAAGUUAUAUGUGUUAGUGUCGGGGAAAUAGUUUGCAGAUAAUGGAGGAGUAACCCUACAACUAUAUGUCCUUAGUUCUUACAGAACCUCAUAGUUUGAGAACAAAUGCUGAUGCAACUGAUUUAUACAAAAUGAACUUUGGCAAGGAAAAUAACAUUAACCUCAUUGUUUAUGGUCAUGCUUUGUGCAUAAUCAAAGUUUAUGAUUAAGUGUAAGGAAGUGGUAUCUAGUCAGUUCAUAAAGAUUGUGCUAAUUUUUUUGUGGAAAUGUAGCCAUUAGUUUGUUCAGGAGACUCAGUGCUGCCUUCAGAUGCCCCAUUGUUUCUCCUGUUGUAAAGCUGAUGUGUCCAGCUCAACCUUUGUGCUGACAUCAUACCAUUUCUGAUCAUGAAAAUUGGCUACUGGUGUAUGUAGCAGUUCUUAAAUCAGCAGUAUUAUGAAAGAAAAUUUGCCCCUCAUUAGAAUGUUUAAGAAAACUGUCUUUUAAAAAAGUGAACAAAUUCAGUCAGACUGCAAAUGUUUAGCUGUUUAUACUCCAAAACUACGAGUUGAGCCUCCUUUAUAGUAAAGACUGACUCAUUUCUAGGAAAAAAAUUCUAACUCCUACCUUCACUUUGUGCAAUGUUCCAAUUGGAAAAAUGAAGAGCAGUUUUAUUCUGAAGGAGGUAAUUGAAUUUAGACUAUAUAUAGUAUAAGACAGAAUUUUUAAAAAAUUAUAAAGAUUUUUAUUUUGAAAUUGGGAUUUGUUUAAAAUAAUUUUGGAAUAAUGCCCCCAAACUUAUCCAGAUUCAUGCAUUAUACUUAUUGCCAUUGGCUGCUGUUUUGAUUUAUCUUUCCUCUGUUUAUUUGCCACAGACUUUAUUUUGAAUAUGCUCCUAUUUUUUUUAGGGUGCUAUUCAUUAAUAAGGCUUCUCUAUUGAGGCCUACUAAAAAUGCCUUUUUAUGAAGCCUGUGCAUUUAGGUAGGUUUGAAGCUAGGAGGAUUUCCUUUAGAAUGCUCUUUUGCAUGUAAAGCACAAACUGUGUUUCAGUUUAAAUGUACUUCUUCCCUUUAAUUUUUACUGGGAAGAUAAACAUUCUGUUGAAGGGAAAUCUAGUCAGUUGCUUGAAAGAGCACAGUCCAAGAAAAACAAGGACUGACUAGGUGUAAAGAAAUAACCUUAUGAUUUUAAAGAAGAGUUGCUGCUUUGACAGUGCUUAUUUAAAGAAAAAUACUGCUGGAAAAGUUCCAAUUUCUACUGCGUUCACCAUCUCUAGUGAGAUCUGACAUAUGUUGAAGUUGUUUUGAUUUGGCACACAGCAUGUUCAAUGAUGGUUACUCGCCUAGUACAAGAUAUGGAGAAGAAACCUUUGGACACAGAGCAGAUGACACCUCCUUCUGUUUUGUAGUGUAUCCUGGUGUCAUUUUCUGUGAAUGUGGUCAGGUAGAAUUGUUUCUGUUGUUGUUGGGCUUUUUUUUUUUUUUUUUUUUUUUUUCGGUCUUUUUUUGGUGGGGGGGGGGUGGGCUAAAGCCAUAGGAAGAAAAAUGUGAUGUAUGUGUCCAGUAUGUACUAUUUUGUUUUUGUUUUGCAAGAAGAGUUGAACUAUUUUUGAUAACAAGAGUAAAUGGUGGAAAAUGCUUCUUAGUUGUCUUGUCUUUAUUUGCUUUCCAAGUUUUGGAAUUUUAUUUAAUUCCUUUAAGUGUUAGCAGUGUUUAUGAAACAUGUAUUUACCUAAAGUUUGUAACAGUUUUGUGUUGAACCCAGAUACCCUGCUAUAUAAACUUGUAAAUCUGUUCUUUAUUCACUAAUGAUCACUGCAAAAAUGACUAGAAAUGAUAUUGUACAACACAUGGAUGAGUAGGAUAUAUUUUGCAAAUCUCUCAAACUUUCCUAAUAUUAUGAUCUUAAAAUUCUUGAAGUACUUUAUUCCUUCCCAACUUUGAUAAUAUUAAUUUUGUGUUUUUUGAUGCAUGGGAGGUUGGCAAUAUAGACAAAGUGGAAAUCAUUAGUAUGUGAGGACCUUGAUUGUUAUGUAAUAUUGCCAAUGAUGAAUUCAGGUUGUUUUUAGCACAAGUUUUCUCUUUUUUAUGCUGGUAUUCUCACUGCCACAUUUUUGGAAACCUGUAUUACACCUUAAAUCUAUCAAUAAAUGAUAGUUUUCUAA